AUGGAUACAAACUUGCGGCAUCGUCAUGAGAGGGCAGAGGCAGAUAUAGUGGAACCGAACAACAAUGUGAGAAAGCUAAAAGAUCCACGUGUGAUGACUUUCAAAACAAAAGAAUUCCAUAUAAGGGAAUCUUUGCUCACGACCCUAUUCCGCGAAACCGAAAUCGGAGUGGUAUACAACCUCUUCGCUGCUGUAUUUAUUUUAUUUUUUCUUAGAGCCUUGAUUGAUGAUAUUUUUACCCAUGGCAUGCCGUUCUAUCACUUUUGGCUAAUUGGUUGGAAUUUUCAAUACCUGCCUGCUACACUAUUUGUCUGGUCGUUGAUGUUCUUAUCAAGUUUUAUUCCUUAUGCUGGUCUAAAAAUUUGGGCUCAUGUUCCGGCCAAAGGAGAAUUGACUCUCAAGAGCGAGUUCCCAAUGCUUGCGGCCUAUCUGUUCUAUCUUGGUGCAUUUUUCUAUUUCCCAUUGAAGUUUUUGUUCACCUGGAAGUUGAAUUGUGCCUGCUCAUUCAUAAUCACUUGUGAAACGACCCGUAUAGCAAUGAAAUUGCAUUCAUUCGUCAGGGAAAAUGUACCAAGAGGGAUCACAAAAAAGAUGAGUGGUGAAAUUGUGCAGCCUGGAACCACAUCAGACUGGCCUAGUAUAGAGCAGUUCGUAUACUUCAUGUUCUGUCCAACAUUUCUCUAUAGGGACGAAUAUCCGAGAACCCAAACUCGAUGCAUGAAGAAAGCCGCAAUUCACUUCAUGCAUUGUUUUAUUCUCAUAGAAUUUGUAAAUCUAGCCUUUACACAAUAUGCAUUCCCAUGGAUGGACUCCAUCGACUAUCCCAACGAGCCGGCUUCUAAAAUUCUAAUGUCAUUAUUCGCUGGCAUUGUGCCAGGCAUGCUAUGCUUGAUUUGUUUGUUUUACGGACUUCUUCAUUCAUGGCUAAACGGAUUCGCAGAAAUUAUGCGAUUUGGUGAUAGGCAAUUCUAUUUGAACUGGUGGAACGCUGACAACAUGGCUGAAUAUUAUCGUAACUGGAAUCUAGUAGUACAUGAUUGGCUCUACGCUUAUGUGUACAGAGAUGUAUCAAAGUUGAUUGGUGGCCGACGAGGACUCCAAAUCGCCCAGUCGUGCGUGUUUUUCUUAUCUGCCCUUUUUCAUGAAUACUGGUUUGGUAUUGCUUUUCGGGUAUUCUAUCCAGUGAUGUUCAUGUUGUAUUUUGUUUUUGGAGGUAUAUUCUUCUCUGUCUCAAAGCUGAUCAAAAAUAAAUCUGUGUGGAACACUGCUUUGUGGUUCAAUUUACUGAUAGGCACUGGAAUGUUUAUUGCGUUCUACGGGCAAGAGUGGUAUGCACGUACCAGAUGUGCGCCAUACACCAAUCCAAUUGUAGAUGCACUUCUACCACGGCAUUGGGCUUGUGCACGAUAUUAG